CUUUUUACAAGCGAUCAUUUAUUUAUUCUUUUUCCCACGUUUUUUUAAUUCUCAUCUCUUUCAUUUUCAGAGAAAAAAAAUGGAACCAUCAACAUACACACAAAUGCAAAAUCAGCAACAAAGACAAAAAACCCCUUCACCAUCAUCAACUACAAUAAUGCAACCACCUCCAACUCCUCCUUCUACUACGAAUAACACUCCAGCGCCUAAUGGAUUGACAUCACGUGGAAAAACAAUUCCUAUAGAGAAAAGAAGCGAUAUUGCGUGUAAUGGCGCAGAAGAUAAAGAUACUCCGCGUAACCAACCAAAGAAAAAAAAUUUAAGAAAAAGAAAAAUUAAUAACAAUAGUAAUAAUGAGAAAGAUGAGAAAGAAAAAGCUGGAGAAAGAGAUAGUAAAUCAAAGAAAGCUAGAGUCAAAGACGUGAUCAAACUUAAGAAACCGAAAAAUCCUUAUUUGUGUUUUGCAAAAGCAAAUAGAGAUGAAUUUAGAAUAAAGUAUCCGGAUGCACUUUCAAGAGAGAUAACUUCAUUACUCGGGAAAGCAUGGAAAGAAUUAAGCGAUGAAGAGAAAAAGCCGUACAUUAAAAUGGCACGAGAUGAAGCCAAAGAAUACAAUCUAGCUAUAAACGAGUUCAAGGAAUUGGAAAAGAAUAUCGAUAAUGAAGAAAAGGAGGAUUUGAAUUUUUCACAUGGUAUUCCAUCCGAACAAUUUGUAGAUUUUAAAUCAUUGCUCGGAUCUCCAAUUUCUUUCGGUCCAUUUGAAGCGAACCUUGAGGCUCAACAUGAAAUUUUAUCGCAAGGCAGAGAUUAUGUUCCAAGUGAAAUUAAAUCUAGCGAAUCUCCAUUGGGCAUUUAUCAAGCGAAAGAAUCAACAACGAGAGCAGCUGUUGAUAAUAUAGACGCAUCACAACAAUCGAAACAACCGCAACGACCGCAGCAACCGCAGCAACCGCAGCCUGUUCAUGAUAUACCCUUUCCUUGUGAAGAACAAAAUAAUUAUAUGCCAAUGCAACAUUCUUCUCAAUCAUUACAGCAAUCUCAACUAAAUUCACAAUCUAAUUAUAUACAAUUCGACUUACAAACAUCGCAGCAUCAGUCUCAAAACAAGCCACAUUGUCAGUAUAACACGAACAUGAUAAAUUCUCAAUGUUUAAACCAACAAAAAAAUCAACUCAUGAAUUCUCAGGAAGGGUCACAAGUGCAAGAAGUGAUGCCUCUAUCUCAGCAAAAUCAAAUUUGUCAACAGCCAUUUCAACAGCCUAUGCCUUAUGCUUCAUCGCACAUGCAACCAUUCGACCAUAAACUAUAUCCAAAUAACUGUAAUAGUUCACACGACAUGAAGAUCCAGAAUAUGCCGGAGAUUUCCAAUUGUCCUCCAACGCAACCUUAUAUGCCACCAUCAACAUCUCAAAUUCACCAAAUGCAACAAAUAUCGUGUCAACCUCAUCAGCAACAGAUGAUGUUUCAACAUCACAUGAUGCAACCUUCGUGGCAAAUUCCAAGUUUUAUUCCAACUCAAACCAACCAUCAGAUAAUGCCAUUACAACCUAGUACGCGCUAUAAUCAAAUGCAGUAUAACCAGAUGCAGUAUAAUCAGAUGCAGUAUAGUCAGCCGAUGAAUUCUUAUCGUGAAAUGUUACCUCUUCACAGCACUGGCAUCGGUAUGCCGCAAUUUAUGUCUUCUCAUCAGAUGCAACAUGAUCAAAUGCCACAGGUAAUGCAACCACUAAUGAUGAAUGAUAAACAACCUUCGGUUUAUCAAAUGGACAUGUAUGAUAUGCGUCAACGUCAAAAUCCAAUUCUUCAACAUCAUCAAAUGAAUUGGCGGACAUAUUAAAAUUAGCAACAUGUAAAUAAUAGAUGCUUAAUGUAUUAUAAUUCGUACAAUUUAUCUAUCUUAAUAUUUAUAAUUAUAAUAAUAUUACUUUACUGUAUAUUAUCCGUUGAGAAAAAGGGGACAGUUUUAAAUUUUUUUAAUAAUAACCAGUC